GUCUCAUACCCUACGAUUGCAAAAGCUCCAAGCCUUCUCCACGUGUGUCAUUUGCAUGUCUCCAGAAACUGUAAUUCCACGACACUUGUCACCAAACCCUAAUCUUUAUCGUCACCUUUGUCGCUUUAAUGGUUAUCAUUUUACCACUUCCCCUGUUUUCUCAAGUCUUUUCCUCUUCCCCUUCACCCUUUGAGCUCUCUAAGUCUGUUAACCAUGGCUGAGCGCAGUCCGAGUCAGCAGAGAUCACCAAUACCGAACCCCACCGUCACAACUUUCCUACAAAGAAUCCAAGCUCAUGCACCCAACUCCGCCCAACUUCCCUUGUUUGUCACCGCCUCGAUUCUCCUAAUCUUCACCGGCGUCACCGUGACCGUCGCCAGCCUCGGGUUCAUCUUGUUGAUGCCAUUGAUCCUCAUCUCGAGCCCUAUAUGGUUCCCGGUAGGCUCCGUGAUGUUGAUCGUUUUGGCCGGCUUCUUCUCGGCGUGCGGCUUCGGGGUUUUGUCGGUGGCGGGGUUGUGUUGGAUCUACCGGUACUUCAGAGGCAUGCACCCGCCGGGAUCCGACAGGGUCGACUAUGCCCGUAGCCGGAUUUACGAUACGGCUAGCCACGUGAAGGAUUAUGCUAUUGAAUACGGUGGUUACUUGCAGAGCAAAGUGAAGGAUGCGGCUCCCGGUGCAUGAUCAAUGGAUGAAUUUAGAUCGGAGUUAGGGUUGCCUGCUUUUCCUUUGUUUAUAAAAUAA